AUGCGAAUUCCAAGUUUGCUGGGCGAUGUUAUUAAUGUAUUGGCAAGCUACGCAAAUACAUAUGUGGAACAUCCUAUUAGCAAUUCUUUUUUCAAGGAUAUUGCAAAACCUGCUUCAAAUUUACUCAGUUUGUAUUUAACGCAAUCAGGGUUAACAAAUUUCUUUUUGAAUGGUUUGGUACUAUCAACACUUUUUCUUAUGUCCACUGAGAACAUGUCGCCUGGUGCAUUAAUGGCUUUUCUAGUAGCAACACAAGGUGUGCAAAGGUCGUUAAAUCAGGGUUUAAUUUUAUUAGGCACAAUGAUAUGCGGAAUGACCGCUGGUUUAAGGAUUUUUGAGUACCUACAAAUAGAACCAAAAGUAGAACUUUUACGUGGCUACGAAAUUCCUCCUGAACGUCUCUAUGGAGAAAUUCGCUUUGAAAAUAUUUACUUUUCCCGUCCUACUAGUCCAGAUCACGUAGGUACAUUUUUUGCUAAAAAAGAAGCUUUAGUAAUAAUUGGACUUCGCUUCACGUUUAAGGGCACAAUCCACAAGUCUUGUGGUUGCUUUUUUUUUUUAAUUUCUAUUAACUUUUUCAAAUAUCAUUUUUGUAAGACACUGUAUUUUACAACUUUCCCAGAUUUUAUUCGCAAUUUCUUAGGUUUUAUCGAGCAUCAACCAGUUCUCUUUGCGACGACAAUAUUGGAAAACAUUCGAUACGGACGUCCGGCAGCCGACGAAUCGGAGAUAUAUGAAGUCUCUAAGCAAUCACAAUCCCAUGAUUUUGUUUCGUCUUUACCCGAUGGAUACGACACGAAUGUCGGUGAACGUGGUACACAAUUAAGCGGCGGUCAACGACAACGCAUUGCAAUAGCACGCGCUUUGUAAAAAAAUCCGAAAAUAUUAAUACUUGAUGAAGCCAUCAGUGCUCUAGACGCCACAAGUGAAGCUGAUGUUCAAAAAAUUCUUGAUAAUGCCGUUUUAAAUAGGACUACAUUACUAAUUGCGCAUUGUUUGUCAACGAUAAGAAACGCCGAUCUGAUUGUUGUAUUAGAUCAAGGACGAAUAGUGGAGUCGGGCAAACAUGAUGAAUUAAUGGCCAAACGAGGCCUUUACUACGACCUGCUAAAGAGACAAGAACGACAUUAA